AUGAAACAGGAACCUCGGGGUGUGGCGUCGGUUAUCUUCGGGGCUAAUGAACGGGGCACGCACCGGCACCAGGAGCCAAGCGGGCGCCAAGUGCACUGGCCCUCGUGUGACGUCCGCAAUGCAGACCCUGGCGACGCCAAUCGCUUCUCAUUUCAGAAAGGCGCCGAGCGGCAAUUUAGGAUAGCGCGUCGCAACUCUUUUUGGAAGGCUUCCAAUCAUGGAUGGCACUGUCUAAAGAUUCACGUCGACUAG